AUGUCAAGCGCUCAGUGGACAGAAGAAUUGGCCAAGCCGGUGCAGGCCUAUACAUCAACAUCGCGUGACCCCUAUCUCAACCUGUCCAUCGAACACGACAUCCUCACCCGUUCCGCUAGUGACUCGCUGGUCUUGUUCCUCUACGUCAACCGGCCCAGCGUCAUCAUCGGCCGGAAUCAAAAUCCAUGGUUGGAGGUCAAUCUCCCUCUGCUCAAUCCAAAGCGAGAGCAGGCAGAGAUCGAUCCGGCUGGCCUUGGAGCCGUAGAUCUUGUCCGUCGUCGCAGUGGAGGUGGCACUGUCUUCCACGAUGAGGGCAAUGUCAACUGGACCGUCAUUUGUCCACGAGAUCAAUUCACCCGCGACAAGCACGCGGAAAUGGUUGUACGCGCGUUGCGAAGCUGUGGCAUUGAUAGAGCGCGGGUCAAUGAGCGACACGAUGUCGUGCUCGACCAAGGCCAGGUAGCCGGCCAUCCCGAUCCAGAAGACACCCACUCCACCCCGUAUACGAUGCCCGGGGGAGAUGGGCCUACGCCGCUCAAAGUCUCUGGCUCCGCCUACAAGAUUACCGGUACACGUCGGGCGCUGCAUCACGGCACUUGUUUGCUCUCCAGUCCAAACUUGCGCAUCAUCCCCGACUACCUGCACUCCCCCCUCAGACCUUUCAUCAAGGAAGCCCGCGGCGUGGAAAGCGUUAGCUCCCCAGUCGGCAACAUCCUACUCGACUCUGACGAGUUUUGCACUGCGGUGCGCAACGAGUUUGCCCGCAUGUACUCUCCGGGCGAGAAGACUCCGCUAAGGGCAAUUGGUGAGGACUUGUUGAAGUUUGGCACGGUGGCUGCAGGUUACGACGAACUCAGGUCACUGAAGCACACGUACGAGCAGACACCCCGAUUCGUGCUAUCAAAUGAGUCCGAUGAGCUAGCGACCACCGUCGUCGAUUUCACCAUACGAGAGGGCAGAUUUGCACAUGCCUCCGUGUACCGACGUGGAUCAGAGCCCAAGCAGAUUAUGGAGGUGGACUUCCCGAACUCGCACGGCCCAAAGCUACACGAGAUGGAACUGUUAGACCCCAGUGCCGACGAGGGCAGUGAGUCCUGGGAAGAUGCAUUGAUGCCUUUGUGGCAAGGCUUGGCUUCUGCAGAGUCCGAAAAGCUUGUAAGCUGGCUACGUCGGACUGUUCGUCAAGGCUGGCAAGCAUGA